UGGAGUUUCACAUCGGACAGCAAAAGCUUUUGUUACUUUAUGCCCCAUGGAAGGUCCUUAGUUUUCUCUUUCUCUCUCUUCUCUUCAUCUCAAAGUUUCACUCUCACUCACUCUUCUUCUUCUUCAUCCUUUCUGAUCUGCUGUUUUUUCAGGGUAUACAAAAUUGGGUGCUUUCGGUUAAACUGUGAUGUCUCCGCCAGUGCUAAGCAUGGGGGAGGAGGAGGGUAAAAGCAAUGUCACUUUGUUGGGUUCCUCAUCAACCGCCAUGGAAAGUGUGUGUCUCAAGAGCUUAGAAUUUAAAGAACGCAACUACAUGGGUUCAUCUGAUUGUUCUUCUGUGGACAGCUCGGUUCCGUCCUUCUCAGAAGAGUGUAAAAGUAAUCUGAACCUGAAAGCCACUGAACUCAGGCUUGGGCUUCCGGGAUCACAGUCUCCUGAAAGAGAUUCUGAUCUUUGCUUAAGAAGCUCAACUCAAUUAGAUGAAAAACCUUUGUUUCCGUUGCAUCCUUUGACUGAUGAUCACCAUUCUUCAGCCAAAAUUGCUGUCUUGGGAAACAAAAGAGGGUUCUCUGAUGCCAUGAAUGGCCUCUCCUCCGAGGGGAAAUUCCUAGUUGAUUUGGAGGCCGCCAAUCCGAUACUAUCUCCCAGGCCUGCUUGUAACUUGGGAUUAAAACCUGGUUCUACCCUUGAUAAAGUUGGGGCUCAGCAAACCAAAAUGAAAGAAGUAGCAACAACAAAGGGCAACGAAACUAGACCAAGUAUUGAUGGUUCUGCAAAUAAUAACAGUGCACCAGCUACCAAGGCUCAGGUUGUGGGGUGGCCUCCUAUAAGAUCAUUCCGGAAAAAUUCAUUGGCAACUACUUCAAAGAACAAUGAAGUAGUUGAUGGAAAAAAGGGGGUUGGUGCACUGUUCGUCAAGGUCAGUAUGGAUGGUGCCCCCUAUUUAAGGAAAGUAGACUUGAAGAAUUACUCUACAUAUCCAGAAUUAUCUUCUGCUCUAGAAAAGAUGUUCAGCUGUUUUACUAUAAGUAAAUGUGGAUCUCAUGGAAUUCUGGGCAGGGAGAUGCUGAAUGAAACCAAGCUGAAGGACCUUCUUCAUGGAUCAGAAUAUGUUCUUACAUAUGAGGACAAAGAUGGCGAUUGGAUGCUUGUGGGUGAUGUUCCCUGGGAGAUGUUUAUUGAAACAUGCAAGAGGCUGAGGAUCAUGAAGAGUUCUGAUGCCAUUGGUCUAGCUCCCAGGGCUGUUGAAAAAAGUAAGAGCAGGAACUAGGCAGUACCUGUGUUCCUCUCUAUCCAUCUAACUGUCUGCGGGACUAAAAGCUUCUGGGCUAUCAGGGACGAACAAAUCAGAACAUGGUUGUCUUGGAAGCAAGAAAUGAAGGCAUUUUGGACUGGAUAGAAUCUCAUACUAUGCUGCCUUAAUCCUUUUUUUUUAUUAUGUCUGUUUUAUGUUGUCGUGGAGUUUAUGUUUUAGUAAGCUUCUUUUCAAGAUGAUGUUAAAACUUAACAAAACUCCAAGAACUUGACUAUGGGAGUACCGAUAUUUUAUGUAUGCGAGAUUGAGAAGAGUUAAUGUUGUGGUUGAAGGAUCUGUGAUGUGUUAAUUUUGCAGCGUACCUUCAACGGGGUGUCCUAUGUUUGUGUGAAAAAAAAAAACAAGUUGUAUGUCA